AUGAUGAUAGGUGGUUCCCUGAAUUAUGAGCUUCUACGUUUCGAUGGGAAGGAGAAUUUUAGUCUCUGGCAACUUCAGGUGAAAGAUCUUCUGUCAAAGCAGGGUAUGGAAAACGCCUUGUUAAAUCAAAAGCCAAGAUCAAUCACCGAGGAUGAUUGGGAUGAGAUGCAAGAUCAUGCACUUUCGACUAUUCGUCUCUGCCUUUCAGACGAUAUUACAAAACAGGUAGUUGAUCUCACAACUUCAGGACAGUUGUGGAGUAAAUUAGAAACACUGUAUCUGUCCAAGUCACUAUCUACCAAGCUGUCUACCGAGAUGUAUCUGAGACAGAGGUUGUACUGA